GCGUUUAACCUUAGCAUUUUUAUUUUUAAAGUAAUAUAGGCGGUUAAAAUUUCUAUCCCCACCGGUCCAGAAGCCUCGCCGCCAUCACCUUAUCCUCUUGCCGAAACCUCCGCCUGUGGGACGGCGUAAUCAAAGCUCUUCGACCGGAAAAGGAAUAGAGCAGAGCUGAAUUCCGGUUCUUCUUCUCCAAUUUCUCUAUCCCAAAAUCCAGGGAAGGACGAUGUCAGAAAAAGGAGGGAAAGGACCGGAGUUUAGUAAUGGAGGAAAAUCUGCUCUCAAUACUGGGAAGGAUGACAGUGCAGGGAAAAAGAAAGGAAGGAAAGUUCAAUUUGGUUCUGAAGAUUCACCUGAUGGAACUUUCGCGAGAUCUAAUGGCAAAGCAGAUACACCAUUUUCUAAAGGAAGCAAAGGUGGAAAAAGUGGAAAAGGCCAAACUUCAAAAGUUCCUCUUCCCUUGGAGCUAAGAGUUGAGCAAGAAAUUUCUGAGAAUACUGAAUGCCUGAUGGACUGUGAAGCUGCUGAAAUCUUAAAAGGAAUCCAGGAGCAAAUGGUUAUACUGUCUGAAGAUCCAACUAUAAAGCUUCCUGUAUCAUUUUACAAGGGACUGAUGUAUGCACUGAGACACCAAGUUUAUGAGAACCCAGAGACUAUUAAACAAGCACUUCAACCUUUGAAGAAGCAUGGUGUAUGUGACAGCGAGAUAUGCAUGAUUGCCAACUUUCACAUGGAAUCUACUGAUGAAGUGUUUGCUCUCAUCCCCUCUUUGAAGGGUAAGAAGAAAAAGCUGGAAGAACCCCUAAAAGCAGUGUUGGAGGAAUUAACUAAGCUGAAGAACUCAUCAUAAUUCAUGAAGCCGUAUAUUGCAGAGGCAAGGAUCAGGUGAUUUGUGUCAUGUUGUAACUACUGCUUGGGCUUAGGUAGUCGAUGAUGUCCAUCACUGACUUGUGAGCUAUUUCGAAUUCAAAGUGUUUAUUCUACUUUUGCCCUUUCAACAUUUGUGACAACUCUACAUGUAGUUUUCACCAUGACCCUCACUUUUGACAACUCUACUUGAUUUUGCCUUGCCUGACCUUUGUUGACUUUAUGAGGAAUGAUAUCAAAAUAUUAUCAAAAAUACUACAUAGCAUGUUUUCAUAUUUGCACAAAGGAGAAGACCCAUGAAGCAGUUGAUGUU